AUGCAAUGCUGCAAAAGCAGACGUCGACAUCGAGCGAGGCUCGGUGGAGCUGACUCUCCUCGGGGACUACCAAGACGGGCAGAAGCUGGUCUCGGGGUGGAAGCUAAACCUGAGAUUAAACUGAUUGUGAGGUACAGGCAGAGACUUGUACCGGAGCUGGGGCUGAGCCCGAAGCGAUGGAAAUAUAUGCUCGACCACAUUACAGGCGAUGCUAGUGGUUUUGGUGGGCCAGAGAAAAAAGGCGCCGUGGCCCCGCCAAAGCCACCUGACAAAGGCGGCAUUGCUGGUACUUUCGAUCCCAAUUAUCAAACUCUCGCAGGCAUGGGACAAGACGUAUUCGGCGGUGAUAAGAAGGCCGCUGGCGGAGGAGGUGGGGGCGCGGCGCCGAAGGCACCGACCGCAGGCGGAAUAGCUGGAACUUACGAUCCGAAUUACCAGACUCUCGCCGGUAUGGGACAAGACGUGUUCGGUGCUGAUAAGAAGGGCGCUGGCGGCGGGGGCGGAGGCGCAGCGCCGCAAGCCCCGAAACAGGGAGCUGGCGGAAUGGCUGGUACCUACGAUCCCAACUAUCAGACUCUCGCCGGUAUGGGACAAGACGUCUUCGGCGCCGAUAAGAAGGCCGCAGGUGGUGGAGGCUGGGGCGGAGGCGCAGCGGCGCAGGCUCCGAAACCCGGCGCUGGCGGAAUGGCCGGAACUUACGAUCCCAACUAUCAGACUCUCGCCGGUAUGGGACAAGACGUGUUCGGUGCCGAUAAGAAGGCGGCAGGCGGCGGAGGUGGAUUCGGCGGAGGGGCGGGUGCGAUCAAGGCACCCGAAAAUGCCGGAGCAAAGGCCGGCACAUACGACCCCAACUAUCAGACUCUGGCCGGUUUGGGCGGCGACGUGUUUGGGGCAGAUAAGAAGAAGCCGGCUGGAGGCGCGGGAGGUGCUGCACCGAUUGUACCGCAGAACGCAGCUCAAAAGGCUGGAACCUAUGAUCCAAAUUAUCAAACGUUGGCUGCUCUCGAUAACAACGUGUUCGGUGAGGAUAAGAAGGAGAAAGCCGGCGCCGCAGGAGGGGGCGGAGCAGCCCCCAAAGUACCACAGAAUGCAGCUGGACAAAAAAGGAUCUUGAGUUCGGCACCUAAAUCGUGCUACUCGGAUCCGACAGUUCUUGAGAUUAUACGUUCGAACUCUCGAGAUUCGACUUAUGCGAGUCUCUACCUGAAGUUUUGCGGCAAAUUUCAGGCUGGAACUUAUGAUCCGAACUACCAGACGUUGGCCGCACUUGAUAACAAUGUGUUUGGAGAGGAUAAGAAGGCCAGAGGUGGAGGUGGGGGCGGGGCUGGUGGCAUAAGGGCACCUGAAAAUGCCGGACAAAAGGCUGGAACGUACGACCCUAAUUAUCAAACGUUGAACGCAUUGGAUAAUAACGUAUUCGGAGCUGAUAAGAAGGCAGCUGCAGGUGGAGGGGGCGGUUUCAGGGCUCCGGCAAAUGCAGGAGCGAAGGUACGGAGGCAUCUUAAUGUUAUUUAUCAUUAUUAUUUAUUGUUAUUAUUUAUUAUUAAGAUACUGUUAUUAAAGAAAUAUGUGUAUGAAUCAUUUCAGGCGGGAACCUACGAUCCCAAUUAUCAAACGCUGAACGCACUGGACAACAACGUAUUCGGAGCUGAUAAGAAGAUAUUUUGA